AGCUCGCUUUGUUUUGAGACACCGUCGUGCUUGUGGUUUCCGAGAGAGCUAAAGCGUGAGAGUCAUCGUUAUUUGAUAUCUAAAUAGCCUACAUUGCGUCGCGUCGGUAUGACAGAAACAUUCAGCGUGCGCGAUCACAGGCAGCUGACGCGCUUAUACUGUAUGAAUGGAGGCUAUCACCUUCAGAUCCUCGAGGACAUGACAGUGGCUGGCACGCGAGAGGAAAAUAACUAUAGCGUACUCAGAAUAAAAGCCACAAGUCCAGGAGUGGUGGUUAUUGAAGGAACAGAAGCAGGUCUAUACCUCUCUAUGAAUCAAGAUGGCAAGCUGUAUGGAUCAACAUCAGUAACAGACGAAUGCUACUUUUUGGAAAGAAUGGAGGAAAACCACUACAACACAUAUCAGUCCAACAAGCAUGGUGAGAAAUGGUAUGUCGGAAUUAAAAAGAAUGGAAAAAUGAAACUUGGCCCGAGGACACACAUCGGACAAAAGGCUAUUUUUUUCCUCCCUCGACAAGUUGAACAACCACAGGAGUAAAGCCCACAACCUGCUAGUUACACAAAUGUGAAUUCAAAGUGAUCGUUAAGUCACAUAAGCCUAGUUUAACCCAUACUUAUCCAUAUCACAAAGAAAACCUGCAGACAGCUUGAAAUUAAGAGUAGGACUGUUCACAUUAUAAUUAUAAAAAAUAUAGUUGUAAAAAUCUUUUUUUUUUUUAAAGAGAAUAGCAGAGUCAAAGCUAAUCAAAUCUACUUGAAUCUAAAGUGCAUGCGCAUUUGAUAUUAGUUAAUGCCAUUGAAGGUAAAUGAUUUGCACAAGUAUCACACCUCGCGAGCAAAUUAGUAUAAUUUUUAUAAUCGUUAUAAUAUUGUUAUAAUGUGAAUGGCCCUUAACCCUACAUCCCAAUUUGCAUACUAUCCCUCCUAAAUAUGAUUUAAAAUUAGAAUUAGUAUGUCCCAAAUUGUGGUAUGUUGAAAAAAGUAAGUUUAUCUAUAAAGUUCCCAGAUGAUGAAAAUUCAAAGUGUUAAAGGCGGGGUGCACGAUCUCUGAAGCCAAUGUUAACAUUUGAAAUCACCUAAACAAACACACCCGUACCCCAAUAAAAUCUGGACCUUCUUUUGAUAGACCCGCCCCACACAUACGCAACCCAGGCAACGAUGACGGUUACUACACACGCCCCUUAUUGCUGAUUGGCUACAAGUGUGUUUUGGCACUGGGCCCCGAAUCCCUUUUCCAAAGCAUUCCUCAAAAAUCAUGCACCCCGCCUUUAAGGCCAAUUCACAAUGAUCCAACAAAUGCGUCUGUUCGAGUCUGUUGGCAGUUGUUGGAUUGAAUUAACAAAAUUAAAUAAAUGAUGCGUCACUGAAUAAUAAAUGAAACCAUACAUAACUUCACAAAUAAUGAAGGAAGACAUUUCUAAUUGCAAAGAUAAAUUGUAUUUUGAUGUUUGUCCCAG